AUGGAUGUCGACAGGGACAAUUUCGAGGAGGCCCUGGUGGCCAUCGAGGAACACCUCCCGGCCGCCGCGUUCGUGGCCGUGGAUUACGAGUUCACGGGCAUCCGCGGGCCCUGGGAGACCUCCGUCGCCCGGGGGGACGUGCCUCAGGUGCAAUACGCGAAGAUGCGCAAGGUGGUCAACCAGCCGUUCAACGUCGUCCAGGCGGGCAUCUGCCUGUUCGAAGAGACCGCUCCCGGCGCUUUCCAGUGCCGCCCGUUCAACGUCUUCGUCUUCCCCCGGGCGGUGGACGAGCGCACCGACGACGGGAAGGUGAUCCAGGAUGACCCCUUCCUGGGCCUCAGCGCAUCCACCGUCGCCUUCCUCGCCGAGAACGGGCUCGACUUCCAGCGCUGGCUGACAAAGGGCGUGUCCUACACGUCCGCCAGCGCGGAGGCGGAGCUGCUGAAGGCCAUGCCCCCUGAGGAGGGCGCGGUGUGCGAGGCCGCCGUCAAGAGCGGCUUCCGGGCGGGCAAGGAGAGGCUGGAGCCGAAGCGGCCUGGCGACAGCCCCCACGGGGCGCGCCGCGGGCCGCGGACGGUCGGCGAGUUCGUGGCCAGCGGUGCGGAGGACAUGAAGCUGCCCAGCAUGAACAACUUCAUGGCGCUCGUGAUCCGCCAGAGGAUCAACGAGGUCUACCCGAAGCUCACGGUCGAGAAGAGAGGAAGCGCGUCAAAUUUUCACCAGGAGCGCUGGGUCAUGAACCUGUCCCCCGAAGGCAAGGUGAAGAGAAACCAGGAUAAGCGCCGAGAGCUGCUCGCGCUGAUCGGCUUCCGGCGGCUGUGGCGCCUGCUGAAGACGUCGAAGAAGCCGCUCAUUGUGCACAAUGGCUUCUUCGACCUGCUGUUCUCCUUUGCGGCCUUCGACAGGCCGCUGCCGCCAACACUGGAGGCCUUCAAGGCUCAGGUGCACCUGGCCUUCCCCGCCGUUUUCGACACGAAGGUCCUGGGCGAGACCCCGGAGCUGUCGGGCCGGCUCGGGCCGCGCACCGUGCUGGCCGGCAUGGGCGAGGCGCUCGGCAGGAGGAUGCGGCCCUUGAGCGCGGCCGGUGCCAUCCGGCCCUUGCCGCGCUCCGCCGGCACCGGCGAGGCUCCCGACGCGGAGGACGUGUCGCUGAUCACCAUAGGCGAGUCUGGCGAGGAGGUCGUUCACCUGUCGUUCUCCCUGCCGGAGGGGUUCGACAGAUACAGCAAGUCGGUCGAGUUCCACACUGCCGGCUACGACGCAUUCGUGACCGGCCAGAUCUUUGCGUACUUCCGUGCUGUCCUGGGCGGCGAGCGCAUCGAAGACUUCUCGAACCGCGUCUACCUCAUGUUCAGCGCUUUCCAGCUCGAGCUGAGCAGGCAGUCCGAUCGUCUCAUGUUCGACGGCGUGGUCAGAUAUCUGUGCCACGUCAGCGCCAGCAUCGGCGGCAGCAGGGGGCUGGAGCAGCUCCUGAGGCCGCUCACGCAGGAGGGUGACCGCAGGGCCGAGUUCCGGUGGAUCGGGCAAGACUCCCUGCUGCUCGUGCUGCACGGCGGCGACGCCGCGGCGGGCGCGCCGGGCCGCGAG